UAUCCGUCUUAUCAACGCAGAAUGCACCAAACAAACAGUACGCCUAUCAGUAUAUGUUUCUUUAUAAUAGAUGCAGUCCAAUGUCUUUAAACCGAACUACGUUUUUAAUCGCGUUAUCCAUGCGGUGUAUACUUGCGUAUAUUUGUGUGGCUUUACUCUUGCCCGGGGGCUGGACCACGCCCCUUGAUGACUACGUGUAUAGGGAAGACCCGACAUACAAAUAUGACGUCAUACAAACUUACCCCGGGGAGGGUUACACGAUGUACAUUGUCAAUUUGACGUCACAGACGUGGAAACCUGAUCUUCAAAGCCAGCCGGUAUGGUGGCACUACAUGGUUGUAACAGUCCCGGAUAAGAUACUCAUCAAGGGAGCUGGGUUUCUUUUCAUUGGCGGAGGAUCGAAUGAAAAUGACCCUCCGUUACCCACAGACGAGGACGUUAAGCAUACCACAAUCAUAGCAGCCACCACUGGCACCGUAGCAGCGUGUCUGAAGAUGAUACCCAACCAACCCAUCGUGUUUAGAGAUGACCCAGCGCAGAAGAAGCGGGCGGAAGACGCCAUUAUUGCUUGGACAUGGAAGAUAUUCGUGGACCAAAAAGGAGCCGACCCGGAAAUACUUCUGCGAAUGCCCAUGACUAAGGCCAGUAUACGAGCACUUGACACUAUCAAUAAUCUCACACAGUCCAUGAUCGGGGAAACGACUGAUCGAUUUAUGGUUGCUGGGGGAUCAAAGCGAGGUUGGACCACGUGGACGGUUGGGGCUGUUGACAAGAGAGUUGUUGCCAUAGCUCCUAUUGUUAUGGACCUUUUGAAUCUCCAAGAGAACCUGCACCACUACUAUCGCUCCCUGGGCGGCUGGACGUAUGCAUUCGAUGAUUAUUAUGAGAACAAUUUCACUCUAAAUCUAGACAGCCCUUACAUCAAGGACAUGGCGGCCAUUGUGGAUCCGAUAUCCUACACAGACCGCUACGUAGACAAGCCCAAGUACAUUAUCUCUGCCGGUGGUGACCAAUUCUUCAUGCCAGACGAUUCAAGAUUCUACUUUGAUAAGCUAAAAGGAGAAAAGUAUUUCAGGAUGGUGCCUAAUACAGGUCACGGUCUGGAUCCUUUUGAACUCAGCGUCAUUUUUGGAAUCAGGGCAUUUUACCUGUCCGUCAUGAACAACAACACACUUCCAAAAAUGAAAUGGCACCUUGAAACGACGUCCGCAGGCGGAAAGAUUAGCCUCGUGACCGAAAUUCAACCUGCCACCGUUGUUUGUUACCAUGCAACCACCUCGGACGGAAAACGCAAGGACUUUCGCAUUACCCGUUUGGACAACUCGAGCCAACCAGUGGCAAACCCUGUACCAUGGUACACAGCGGACGUCAAGCAAACCAGUGCUCUGAGCUGGGAGGUGGAGCUACCAAAUCCUCCUGUCGGCUGGACUGCAUUCUUUAUACAGGUGACGUUCGCUGGUCUCGACGACUCGGUGCUCGAGUUUACCACCCAGACUCUCAUCAUUCCGAACACGUACCCCUUCCCGGACUGUCAUGGCGCCGAGUGCAGGGGGACGCUCGUGUAGACCCGAGGCGUUGUUACUUGCAUUUCUAAUAACACACACAUCAACAUGAGUUUAUAAUAUCGCUCACAAUCAAACUUACACUAGCAUAAGAUUUUUCUAUAACAUGUAAAUAAAUGUGUUUAGAAACAGUAA